AUGGUGGUUGAUCUUGUACCAGAAAACUUGGCUGAUCGAUGGAUUUUUCGGAAACACGGCAGAUCGAAACUGAGACCGUACUACACUCAAUCCCGGAUCGCGACGCCGACGCCAAACACGCCGAAACCGUCAACAACGAAGGACAAAGAAAAGAAGUUGAGUGAUUCAUCAAUCGACAGCGUACCCACAGUUGCUGGAAACAAGCCAGUGAAGGUGGAGAACGAUGACAAUUGCCAAGUCCAUGGGUGUAGUCCGCCGCCGCACAUAUCCGAUACUACUAGUGGUAGUAAGCAACAGGGAUCCGUAGCGACCCAACAGACGCAUGUUGUGUCUCCACUCCCGCCUUCACCCAGCCAUGGCGCAUCGAAUUUGUUUGUUCCUGCGAUCACCGCUUUUUUUCUUUCAGCACUUUGGAUCUGGGCAUCUUGGCACGGUAAAGGUCAACAUGGGAUAACGGCGACACACUAUAGCCUUGACUUGGUACUUACGAGAUUGGAAAACGCCACUGCUAUAGCAGCAGAUUGCUGUCCAGUGCUUGAAGAUACUAGCGCUAUGCGUGAGCUACUUAAUGAAGCUACAGUAUUAGGGUGGGAUGCAAGGCAUGCUGCUGACAUGGCUGUGGACCAUCUGGGUGCGAUGAUGCAUCUGUUGACAAACAAAAGAAGCAUCUCGAGACAGGGAACACCGUGUCUGCCGAUGGUUCUAAUCGCGGCAAGUUUCAAUUCUACAUUCAAACAUACAGUAGAAGUAGCCAACUACCACAUGAAGGCGUUCCGCUGUUGCGAACGGGCCAAAGCAGGCUUAGAGAACGCUAUUGGAAGUGUAAACACCGAACGGAUGAAGCUUUACGCUGGUCGGAAAGCUAAACAUGUCGGGCUUUGGAAACAGAUGUCGGAAUUUAUAGGCCUCGAUACAGAUACGUCCUUCAGCGCGACUUUACACCACUAUGACCUUCAGACAGCAUCACUGAGGAAACUAGAUCAAAUUCAGAAAGAGAUUUCGUUAGCAGAACAAGGAUUCGAGAGGGAACGGGCUUUAUGGUACGGUGCGAGUGAAACUCUUCAGGAGGUAUUUGGUGUAGUGAUUGAGGAUCUCGGUGCAACUAGAGGGAGUCAGCUUUGCCUGAGUGUGGACCAGUUCGAGAGUCUUGUGAUGAGAGUUGGUGGAUUAAUUAGGAAGUUCACGAUGUGA